AUGGGCGAGUGCCAAGGUCUGAAUUGUGUCUUGUACCUCGUCGACUGCACGAUGUUUUACCCGCAUCAUGCCGAUCCAACCGCGCAGUACCGUCUGUGCGCCGCAUUGCCUCUCCCGAAUCUGCAUCAUCGCCAGCCUGCUGGGCCGAGACCUGCGCCAUCUUGUCGGGCUUCACCUUGAUUCCUGGUGACAAACAGCUAGGUUACUCCUGGGCGCCUGGUCCGAACUGUGUGCUCGGGUGCGGCGGGUUUUUUCUGGCUCGUGCUGUACCUGGUGUGUUUCUAAUCGUGCUGCCACCUGAAAACUCGAUGUACGCUUACCACGUACUGGAGUUCCCUAACGGAACGACAUUGGGGAAGAUCGCGGGUCUCGACUACUACAGGGCCAACGUGGAUAACUACGAGAGCUUCAAGCGAACGACACCGGGUACUGUUGGAAUGGGUUGGUGCAACAGAAGACGAUCUCGUCUGUGAGCACAGUGGGAGCCAACUGGGUUGAGGCGGUGAUCACGAGUAAGAGUGAGGCCAGGGAAUCUUGGGCUCAGUAUUCAUUAGAAAGUGUUCAAUUGGGUAUUGCUUAG